AUGAUAACAGCAUUAUUCAUAUAUGAUACAAAAGGAGAUAUACUAAUAUCUAAAUUAUAUAAAGAUGGUAUAAGACGUAACAUAGCUGAUGUUUUUCGUAUACAAGUAAUAAAUCAAAUUUCAUCAGCUAGAUCAAAUCGAGAUCAGAAAACUCCAGUUUUAACAUUAGGUUCAACAUCAUUCAUAUAUAUUAAAUCGGGAGGUAUUUGGAUUUGUGCAGUGACUAGAUCAAAUCAAGACUGUGCAAUUAUACUUGAAUUUUUAUAUAAAUUUGAAUCAUUAUUAAAAAUUAUCCUAUUUCAAAGUAAGAAGAAAAAUAUUAAUGAACUGAUAUUAAUUGAUGAGGUUAUAAUUAAUAAUUUUACUUUGAUUUAUGAAUUAUUAGACGAAGUUUGUGAUUUCGGAUAUCCUACAAAUCUAGAUUUGAAUUAUUUGAAGAAAUAUGUCACUGGAUUAGAUAAUGCAACAACUACAGAUGAUAAAAUUUUUAAAAUUCCACCAUUGAUUAGAAAGCCAAGUAUGAAACCAUCAUUAUCAUCAAGUUCAACUUUACAAACUUCAAAUAGUUCAAUUACUUGGAGAUCUCAAGAUAUAAAAUAUCGUCGAAAUGAAGUAUUCCUCAACAUUUAUGAAAAAAUCAAUGUUAUAAUGACCUCACAAUGUGAGAUCUUAAGAAGUUAUAUUGAGGGAUCAGUACAAAUGAAGACUCAUUUAUCAGGUAUGCCAUUAUGUAGAUUUGGUUUUAAUGAAAAUACAAAAUUAUUAUCAACUGUAAAUCAUAAUCAAUAUGAAUUUCCACAAGAUUCAGUUGUUUUAUUAGAAGAUUCAAAAUUUCAUCAAUGUGUACAAUUAGCCGUGUUUGAAAAUGAAGGAAUUAUACAAUUUAUUCCACCAGAUGGUGAAUUCCAAUUAAUGACAUAUAAUUGUAAUUCAAAUAUAAAUUUACCAUAUAAAGUAUUCCCACAAAUUCAACAAAUAGGAAGAAAUAAAUUGAGUUAUAAAAUCAGAAUUAAAUCAUAUUAUCCAAGUAAAUUAGUUGGAACAAAUGUUGUAAUGAAAAUUCCAACUCCAAGAGCAAUUGUUGAUUGUAAAAUUAGUUGUUCAAAUGGGAAUAAAAAGGCAAAAAGUCAUGCUGAAGAAAAUAUGAUACAUUGGGAGUUUAAUAAAUUUUAUGGUGAUGAAGAGCAUAUACUUACUGCCCAAUUAGAAAUUGAUUCAAAUUCUGAUGUAUUGUUGUACUGGACAAAACCACCAAUUACAUUAGAUUUUACAUUGGAUAUGUUUUCAAGUUCAGGAUUAACUGUUAAAUAUCUAAGAGUUCAAGAAAAAUCAAAUUAUAAAACUGUUAAAUGGAUUAAAUAUGCUUCGCAAAGUGGCUCAUAUGAAAUUAGAUACUAA